AUGAGAUCUCGGGAAAUUCCUCGAGAUUAGAUAAGUCUGUUCGUCGACCCUCGUGUUUCCAAAAGAAAAUCGAAAAAUGUUGGUUUUAUUUGAAACACCGGCUGGAUAUGCAGUAUUUAAGUUACUGGAUGAAAAGAAACUUAAAUCAACUGAUGACCUCUUCAAAGACUUCCAAACAGCAGAGUCUGCUAGCAAAGUAGUUAAGCUGAAAGAAUUCAAGAAAUUCAAAGACACAACAGAAGCCUUAGCUGCAACAUGUGCAGCAGUGGAGGGGAAAAUGAGCAAGACUCUGAAAAAGGUCUUGAAGAAAUUAUAUUCAGAAGACCUACAUGAACAAUUGGCAGUUGCUGAUGCUAAACUAGGAAAUAGUAUUAAGGACAAGUUGUCCAUUCCCUGCGUUGCUAACUCUGCUAUCAAUGAAUUGAUCAGAGGUAUUCGCUCCCAGAUGGACAGUUUAAUUACUGGUCUUCCGCAAAAAGAAAUGGCAGCCAUGGCCCUUGGUCUUGCCCAUAGUUUGUCCCGCUACAAGCUGAAGUUCAGUCCGGAGAAAGUCGAUACAAUGAUUGUACAAGCUAUCUCUUUGCUUGAUGACUUAGACAAAGAACUGAACAACUAUGUCAUGAGAUGUAGAGAAUGGUACGGGUGGCAUUUCCCUGAAUUAGGCAAAAUUAUUACAGACAAUACAGCCUAUGCAAAAUGCCUUAAAUUAAUGGGUGACAAGGUCAACUGUGCUACCACUGACUUCUCUAGCAUCCUACCAGAGGAGGUUGAGGCUGAGGUAAAGGAAGCAGCAGAGAUCUCCAUGGGAACUGAGGUAUCAGAGGAGGAUAUGACCAAUGUCCUAUAUCUCUGUGAUCAGAUUCUGGAGAUCUCUGAAUACAGGGGCCAAUUGUAUGAUUAUCUCAAGAAUCGUAUGUUGGCUAUAGCUCCCAAUCUUACAGUUCUUGUUGGUGAACUUGUUGGAGCAAGACUUAUCUCACAUGCAGGGUCAUUGGUGAAUCUAGCUAAGCACCCAGCAUCGACUGUGCAGAUUCUAGGAGCUGAGAAGGCACUGUUUAGGGCAUUAAAAACCAAACAUGACACCCCCAAAUAUGGUCUUAUCUACCAUGCAUCACUAGUGGGCCAGUCGGCCACCAAAAACAAAGGAAAGAUGUCCCGUAUGUUAGCUGCUAAGGCUGCCUUAGCAACCCGUGUUGAUGCCCUUGGUGAUGAGGCAACAAAUGAACUUGGUAUUGAGCAUAGAGCAAAGCUUGAAGGCAGACUCAGAAUGCUGGAGGAAGGAGGGUCAAGACGCAUUAGUGGAACUGGAAAGCAAGUGGCAAAGUUUGAAAAGUAUGAGAAUAAAAGUGAGAUUAAGACUUACAACGCUGGUGCUGAUUCUACACUUUCUAGUAAGAAACGCAAGGCAGAUGAUACCGAAGCGACACCUACACACAAAAAAAUAAAAGUCCAAGCUGAUGGCAUAGUGGAAGAAGGUGGAAGUGAGAAAAAGAAGAAAAAGAAGAAAAAUAAAGAAAAGGCAGAUGAUUCAGUAGCUGAUUCUACAUUAAACACAACCACAGAAGAAACAGAGACUCCUAAAAAGAAAAAGAAGAAAAGCAAAAAGGCAGAGGCAGAUGAAUCCACAGCAGAUACUACAAUGGAUACUACUGGUGGUGAAUUAAAUGAUACAACUGAUGGUGAAAAGAAAAAGAAAAAGAAGAAGAAAAAGGACAAGAAAGAAUGAUGAUUCUACAAACUUUUUAGUUUUUAAUUUCAAAGCCAGUUACUCAUGUACAUUCACAGUACAAUUGGUUCAUUAUCAUUC